UGUCAUGGCGGCCAGCCACGGCCUCGAGGGCUCUCUAACUUUGGAAAGCCUACGCAAACUAUGGAAGGACGAACUCCUGAAGGAUGUUCGAAAUGAAGUUAAAGUUGCUGUUAUACAACUUAAAGAAGAAAUGAAUUUAUUUCGCAAGAAAAUCGAUGAAAUCGAGGCAUCUCAAAAAUUUCUUGCAAGUCAAUACGAUAAAGUCCUGAGUAAUUUACAAGGUACCAACCGAUCUGUCCAAGACAUGAAUGCCAAUAUACAGCAUGUAACGCAAGAUCUAAUCGAGACCAAAGAGUGGCUCGAUGAACUCGACUCUCGCCUAGACGAACAACAACAAUACGGUCGACGGGAUUGCCUUGAGUUCGUCGGGAUACCAAAAGUCGACAACGAUGAUCCUGUCAAGCUUGUCAUCGAAACGGCAGCCUUGGCUGGAGUGGAGGUUAAAGAAGAUGACAUUUCCAUUGCACAUCGCCUAAAACCUACAAAGAAAGGGCAAGAUAGGAUAAUCGCCAAGUUCAUUAGAAGAUCCAAGCGAGACGAAGUCUAUUCUAAUCGGAAAAACCUCAAACAGAAGCGUACGAAGGAUCUACCUACAGUUCGAGAUCAGCCAGCAGAAUCCGGCGUCAGCCGAACAGCACAUAUCUUUAUAAACGAGAGUUUAACACCUUAUAGGAAGAAACUGUUUAGUCGGAUUUCUAAAUACAGACGUCAAUGCAACUUUAAAUUUAUUUGGACAGCAAAUGGAAAAAUUUGGCUUCGUGAAAGCGAAACCUCAAAUUCCAUCGGAUUUAUAUCCGACGCUGAAUUUAAUGAAUUUUUAGAUUGCCAGUCUCAACAUUACUAGAAUGGCCAACGAGGAAAUCGAGGAAAUUGUAAGUAAUCCCCUGCCUUUUAGCUCGCUUUCCGAUCAAAGAUUCAAUGUUUUUGUUGGAAACUGGUCAGGAGAUAUUGCUAACAGCAACAUGCAUAAUGACAUCUUUAAUCUACUCACUAACCCUGAUAAAUCUGAUGAAUCUGAUUCUGACCUCAUGCUCUCUAGUCCAUCUUCCGAAUACUUUUCGAUCAAUAAAUUGAACAAAUUAAUCAAAAAGUCGAAUGAAGGCCCUUUCAUUCUGCACUGCAAUUCAAGGAGCCUGUCUAAGAAUUUUGACCUCCUUGAAGAUAUUUUAUAUUUAAUUGAUUCCAAGCCUCAAAUUAUUGCUGUCACUGAGACUAAACUAAAUGAUUAUUCUGUUAAGAACAUAAAUUUUAAAAAUUACAAUUUUUUUCACAAUGACUCUAAAACCAAUGCUGGUGGCUCUGCCUUAUAUAUUAACAAUUCUUUAAAUGCUAUACCCCGUGAAGAUAUAAAACUUGACAUGGAUUUAGUUGAAUCAACUUGGUGUGAGAUUGAAAAUGGGAAAAAUAAGAAAAAUAUUAUUGUAGGUUGUAUUUAUAGACAUCCCACAGAUAAUCUUAAUGAAUUUACAAUUCAGUUAGAUAACAUAAUCAAAUCUAUUGACCCAAACAAAGUUGACUUAUUCCUGUGUGGCGAUAUAAAUAUAGAUUUUUUGAAAGCUAAUUCCCAUUUCCAGACUGAUGAAUACCUCGAUAUGCUUUUCUCUAAUGGCUUAAUGCCAAUUAUAACUAAGCCUACUCGUAUAACCAGUCACACUGCCACACUGAUUGAUCAUAUCUACACUAAUUGUCCCAUUUCCCAUGUCACUCCUGGUAUUCUCACAGUUGAUAUCUCUGACCAUCUGCCCAUUUUCUGCACCUUUAAGUCCCAUCUCAAGAAAACUUGUGAACAGCAAAGUUUUAGAGAUUUUUCUAAAUUUAAUAGUGAAAAUUUCUUGUAUGAUAUGAACCAGCUUGAUUGGAAUUCCCUUCACCAAUCAACUAAAACAUUAAAUGAAAAAACUGAAGACACAAUUCAUGCCAUCCAUUCUGUUAUCGAUAAACAUGCACCAAUGAAAAUUGCCUCUCGUG